UCAUAAACACAAGGGCUAUAGCUCAGUUAGGUAGAGCACCUCGUUUACACGUGCGCCAAAGUUUUUCAGAGGAGUCCAUCACGCAAUCAAACCAAUUGAUUGAUCUUAUUAAUAAAUCGAUGUCUUACUCCAUGACUUUUUUUUAGGAAAAAGAGGAGAACAAUAGCCUGACAUUAGGUCCUAUUAAAGUACCCCAUUUCGGUAGGGAAUUAAUAGAACCCAUCAUUGAUUUGAGAUAUUGAUAGGGUGAAUACCCAGUCUACUUAAUGCUAGGCAGAAUGAGUAUAAGGAACUCAAAAAUGAUCUUUUCGUCCUAUGAACCUUAAGGUGUAGCAAGUUUCAUAUUUGAUUUUUUAAUCAGGAUGUUAGAGACUAUAUUUAACUUAAGUUGAUCUAGACCAAAAGCAAACCUACGUCAAGAGAACCCUUCUUUGAAACACUUUGGUAGUUAUUCUGUAUUGUAUUAGAAUUAAAAAAUAAUCAAUCAGAGUACUUGGAACCAUUUCUUAUCUUUUUUUUUUUAAGAAAAAAUAUGGUAGACUAACUGAUCUUUCUAUCAGUUAAUGAAAGAGCCCAAUGCAAAAAAAAUGCAUGUUGGGUCUUUGAAAGAGUUCGAAUCAUUUUGAUAAUAAUAAGUUCGAGCUCUUUUACCGAGCAGGUCUACGGUUCGAAUCCGUAUAGCCCUAACUAAUAAAUUUAUUCUAAUAAAUGACAUUCAAAUCCAAAUAAUUGGAUAAUUUUUGACUUUUUAUUGUAUUCUUUAUUUCUAACUGGUUACUUUCAAUUUGUUGGUUCAUAAAAAAAACUCCCAGACCCUAAACCAUAAGUCCUGGGGGUCGUUCAGAAUAAAACGGAAAACCAAAUUUGAUUUCAUUUGAUUUCAGUGGAUCCAAUCACUAUCUAUAGAUAUAUCUAGAUAGAUACUUAUAAUUUAGAAUAAACGUUUUUUAUUCAUUCAUUUUCAUAGUCGUAAGUGGAUUUUUUGAUACGUCAUAAUUUUAAAAACGAAGAUAUUUUUAUCAAUUUGUUUUAUUUUUAAAUAAAACAUAAAGCAAAUUUAAGAAACAGAAAUAAAAAAAAUUACUAGUUAUUAAUCAUAUUAAUAUUAUAUUAUUAAUAUGAGAAACUAUUAGUAAUAGAAACAUGGAAAUAUUAAGUAAUAAGUGUACUGAAAAUAAGAUUACAAUCAAUAAAUCUUAAAAGGAGACGUCUACCACAGCAACCAAACGAAAAUAAAUGAUUCGAUUAACCUGAAUUUUUGUUUUGACGCAAGAGUUAUAUAUACCUUGCCCAAUCCACUCCGAUUGGAAUUGACUAAGCGGGUAUUUUUUCCACAUUCAUAGGAGUUCGUCUAUGUUUCUGCUUUACGAAUAUGAUAUUUUCUGGGCAUUUUUAAUAAUAUCAAGUGCUAUUCCUGUUUUGGCAUUUCUAAUUUCCGGGGUUUUAUCUCCAAUUACGAAGGGGCCGGAGAAACUUUCUAGUUAUGAAUCAGGUAUAGAACCGAUCGGGGAUGCUUGGUUACAAUUUAGAAUCCGUUAUUAUAUGUUUGCUCUAGUUUUUGUUGUUUUUGAUGUUGAAACCGUUUUUCUGUAUCCGUGGGCAAUGAGUUUCGAUGUACUAGGGGUAUCCGCUUUUAUAGAAGCUUUCAUUUUCGUGCUUAUCCUAAUUCUUGGUUUAGUUUAUGCAUGGCGAAAAGGAGCGUUGGAAUGGUCUUAGUUCGUUUCCUGAAUACUUGUACAAUAACAAUAAAAAAAAGUAAAAAAAAAACCAUUGAAACAAUUAUGAAUUCCAUUAAGUUUCCCGUACUUGAUCGAACAACAAAAAACUCAGUUAUUUCAACUACGUUAAAUGAUCUUUCAAAUUGGUCAAGACUUUCCAGCCUAUGGCCGCUUCUUUAUGGUACCAGUUGUUGUUUUAUUGAAUUUGCCUCAUUAAUAGGCUCCCGAUUUGACUUUGAUCGUUAUGGGCUAGUACCAAGAUCAAGUCCUAGACAGGCGGACCUUAUUUUAACAGCAGGUACAGUAACAAUGAAAAUGGCUCCUUCUUUAGUGAGAUUAUAUGAACAAAUGCCUGAACCAAAGUAUGUUAUUGCUAUGGGAGCGUGUACAAUUACAGGGGGGAUGUUCAGUACCGAUUCUUAUAGUACUGUUCGAGGGGUUGAUAAGCUAAUUCCUGUAGAUGUCUAUUUGCCGGGUUGUCCACCUAAACCAGAGGCUGUUAUAGACGCUAUAACAAAGCUUCGUAAGAAAAUAGCUAGAGAAAUCUAUAAGGAUCGAAUUAGACCUCAACGGGGUAAUCGGUGUUUUACUACCAAUCACAAGUUUUUUGUUGUACGCAGUACACAGACUGGAAAUUAUGAUCAAGAAUUACUCUAUCCACCAUCAUCUACUUCAGAGAUCUCUACUGAAACAUUUUUUAAAUACAAAAGCCCAGUAUCUUCCCACGAAUUAGUGAAUUAGGGAGGAUUUGAGA